CUCGAAUCCAGGCGUGACGGUGUGCACAAGCACGAACGUACCGUUACAACUAUUGGCGCCCGAACAGGCACGGGCAUUGCGUAGGAAAAACAAGGACGAAGAGCAUGAGAUAAAUAUGCCUCCCGAAAAGAACGAUAUACCACAUUCGUGCGAUGAGGCUGUCGAUGCAAUUCAGGGAGCAAUUGGUGCCUUAGGCAGAUGGCAAAUUAUUAUCUGUCUCGCAAUUUCUUUAAUCAAGUUUCCUGUUGCUUGGCACCAGUUGAUGAUAGUAUUUGCUGCACCAGUUGGACAAAGAUACAAUUGCACGAGUCCUGGUAGGACGUUAGCGGAAGAUCAAUGCAUCAUAAUCAUCAAUGGCACUACCACUGAUUGUACACAAUGGCAAUUCGAUACUAGUAUUUUUUCAGAAACCAUGAUAUCGCAGUGGAAUUUGGUAUGCAACCGAUCUCACUUUGCCAAUAUUCAGCAAUCUAUUUUGAUGUUUGGUAUACUGUUGGGGAACGUAAUCUUUGGGAUUUUGGCCGACAGGUAUGGAAGAAAAAUACCGUUAUUGGUUUCGGUGGUUUUCCAAUUGUUAUCUGGUAUUGGUUGUGCAACUGUCCCGUGGUAUAUCGCUUUACUUAGCUUCAAAUUACUCGGCGCAGUCGCUACAGGGGGUACUAUGGUCACAAGCUAUGUGAUUUGUAUGGAAAUAGUUGGACCUCAAUGGCGAGCAGCAAUUACAGUCCUUUAUCAAAUUCCUUACUGUUUGGGACACAUGUCUUUGGCUGGAUUGGCUUAUUGGUUUCGGCAUUGGCAGCAUCUCCAGUUAGCAAUCACUUUACCAUCAAUUAUCCUUCUGAGCUACUGGUGGAUCGUGCCGGAAUCACCAAGAUGGUUACUCGUAGUUGGUAAACAAAAAAGAGCAUGUCAUAUACUCGAGAAAGCAGCUAAAUGGAAUAAAAUCGAGGGUCAAGACAUACCAACUAUGGUCAGAAAGCAUUAUCUUUAUCAGAAUUCAAGACGCACCGCUCUGGAUCAUGAAGCAUCACUUUUUGAUCUAUUCAGAACACCGAACAUGAGAAGGAAAUCAUUGUGCAUAUUUUUCAAUUGGAUAGUGUGCGGUAUGGGGUUAUUUGGAAUGACCCAAUAUAUAGGUCAAGUUAAAGGAGAUAUAUUCCUGAACUUCGCCGUCUCUGGUAUGAUACAGAUACCGGGUAACUUUUUAGCAUGGUGGACUAUGAAUUCUUUGGGCAGGAAAGUCACUCUCGUAUCGAGUAACAGCAUCGCUGGGAUUGCCGCGCUUCUGCUCCUCGUUGUGCCCGAAACAACUGCAUGGCUCAAAUUAAUUCUCGCGUGUUUUGGCAUCGUUGGAAUGUCCGUGUCUUUCACAACGGCUUAUUUAUUUUCUGGCGAGUUGUUUCCAACAGUGGUGAGAAAUAUUGGCGUCGGCACAAGUAGUAUGUGUGCCAGAAUAGGGUCGAUGAUAUCUCCUUUCGUCGUGUCAUUAGUAUUCAUCAAGGUUUGGUUGCCACCAGUAAUAUUUGGAAUUUUUCCUCUUAUUGCCGCUUCACUUUGCUGUUUCUUGCCGGAAACGACUGGUUGUAAACUUCCUGAAACAUUACAAGAUGGCGAAGAUUUUGGGAAGAAAAUACAACGACUCGAUAUCGCUAUGAAAACGGACGCUGAAAUAAAUCUUUAAGUCUGCUGCACACUUGACAACAACGAAAAUAAAAUGGCGAUUCAUAUGUAAACUGUUAUGUCACAGUACAUUAUACCUCCGAAAAGCACAGAGGAUUUUUCCAGUCCUUUUUGGAGUAAUGAUGACGAAUUUGGAAAAAAAUUGGGUGGACUUCCGAAAAGCUGUUACCUCCGAUUGGCUUCAAAUUUGGCACAGACCUUCUUUUUAACAAUAUAAGAGACCCUGUAAAAGGAA